AUGCAUGCUGCUCACUGUGGUGCUCGUGCGUCUCCUCAACCCGGACGGCGACAGCCCCGGCAACGCGGUCGGCAUCGCCACCAUCGCGUACAACGAGGCGUCGCCGGCGGCCGCGCAGGACUCGGAGUCGGAGAAGUUCACGGGCGCGCUGUUGAACGCCGUGAUAUUCGUGGGAAUCAUAUUUGGCAUGACUGCGCUGCUCCUCCUGUUCUUCUGGCUGCGGUGGAUGAAGGUCAUCUACGGGUACAUGUGCUUCGCGAUCUUCGACAUCUUCUUCCUCCUCCUCGGCGCGCUCCUCAUCAAGCUCCUGCAGCUCGCAGACUGGUCCUGGGACGCCGUGUCGUUUGCGUUCGGGCUCUUCAACGUCUCCGUCGUGGCCGUCGUCGCCGCGCUCGGGUUCCUCCCCGUCCCCAUCCACGUCAAGCAGGGCUACAUGGUCGCCGUCGGGGUCAUCGUGUCGUUCAUCUUCACGUACAUCCCGGAGUGGACGUCCUGGAUCCUGCUCGUCCUGAUGGCGCUGUACGAUCUGUACGCAGUGCUCGCGCCGCACGGCCCGCUCAAGUGGCUGGUCAACCUCGCCUCGGACCGCCAGGACCCCCUCCCGGCGCUCGUGUACGAGACGCGCGCGCGAGAUCCCGCGCAGCAGGGCGUGUGGCGGCGACGGGCAGGCGGGGCCCGCCAGGACGACGCCGGCGCCGCGCAGCCCACCACGGCGGCCGCGCCGGCGCCAGGGACGAACGGCGAUGCCGCGGCGCGCGCGCCGUCGGCGGCGCGGGCUCCGACGCGCCGUCAGCGGCCGACGAGACAGCGCCACUGGCGCCUGCGCGGUCGACCGCGAGGGACGCGGGCGACGGCACGCGGCGCGGCGGAUGGGGGGAGGGACGAGAGGGCGCGGCGGGCAGCGUCGUCGACGGGAACACGGUGCAGUGGGAGACAUCGCGGGGCGCACAGCGGCGCGACGUGGCCGCGGCGGGUGGCGCGGCGGGCGAGGCAGCUGCGGCGGGGAGCGAGGGCGGGGAGUCGGACCCGGACUUCGGGCUCGGGAUGGACGGGCUCAAGCUCGGGUUGGGGGACUUCAUCUUCUACUCGAUGAUGGUGGGCCGUGCCGCGAUGUUUGACAUGAUGACGGUCUACGCGUGCUACCUCGGGGUGGUCGCGGGGCUGGUGGGGACGCUCCUGCUGCUCGCGACGUUCAAGAAGGCGCUCCCCGCGCUGCCGAUCUCGAUCGCGCUCGGCGUCGUGUUCUACUUCCUGGUCCGACUGGUCCUGGAGCAGCUGCUUGUGCCCAUGAGCAAGCACCUGGUGUUCGUGUGA